AUGGACGCCGGAAACACGCUGAUCAUCGCGGCCGUGGUGACGACGCGCCGGCUGCGCACCGUCACCAACUGCUUCGUCAUGUCGCUGGCCGUCGCUGACUGGCUCGUCGGCCUCUUCGUCAUGCCGCUCGCCGUCGCUUACCACGUCAUGGGCAAGUGGCACUUCGGCUGGGAGAUCUGCCAGGUGUGGAUCUCGCUGGACGUGCUGCUCUGCACGGCGUCCAUCCUGUCGCUGUGCGCCAUCAGCGUGGACCGCUACCUGGCCGUCACGCAGCCGCUCAACUACUCGCGGCGGCGCCGCUCCAAGAAGCUGGCGCUGCUCAUGAUCCUCGUCGUGUGGGUGCUCGCCGUCGCCAUCACGUGCCCGCCCAUCCUCGGCUGCGCAGCCACCAUUUCGGAGUCGACACUGGCAUCGCAGUCAUGUAAUAGACACCGCCGUGAUGCAGGUCGACGUCUGAGGGGCGACAGUGUGACGCCGAUGCUGUCUACAGGCAGACACCUGUCAUGGGAAUCAUCACUUGGGGUGCGUUAUGGUAACACACUGUUGCCACCAUUCUGGGAUGCUGCCGCCGCAAAGUCCGUGACCGGGCCAGGAGUCGGAGACUCUGGUCCACCGAUGCUGGUCAGCUACCGCUUGGGAUGGUCACUGAGACGGGACACUAACCUGUUCCACUGCCGCCACGCCCACUAA